CCGGUGGCCGGCGGGGAUGUCUAGCCGUACGAAAAGGGAAACGCGGAGCUCCGCCCGGGGCAAGCGGGAUGCGGAGUCCCGGAGCAGCUCGAGUCGGUCGAAGCGGGAUCGGGAUUCGGAGGGCACAGGGUCUCGGGGGAGUCCGGUGCGCGUAAAGCGGGAACGGAACUCGGAGCCGGCGGCGCGAGAUUACUCGAGCGGGAGCGUGCCCGCGCUCGUGCCCGCGCCGCUGCUACCGGGGACGCGCGUGAAGCGGGAGCGCGAGGCCGACGAGGACUCCGAGCCGGAGCGGGAGGUGCGAGUGCGAUAUGGACGCUUAGACUCUGAGGAUCGAAGGAGCCGCCAUUGCCCCUACCUGGAUACCAUUAACAGGAGCGUCCUGGACUUUGACUUUGAAAAACUCUGCUCCAUUUCGCUUUCACACAUCAAUGCGUACGCCUGCCUGGUGUGUGGCAAGUACUUUCAGGGACGAGGGUUGAAGUCUCAUGCCUACAUUCAUAGUGUCCAGUUCAGCCACCAUGUUUUCCUUAACCUGCACACCCUCAAGUUUUACUGCCUUCCAGACAACUACGAAAUCAUUGACUCCUCACUGGAAGACAUCACUUAUGUCUUGAAGCCCACAUUCACCAAGCAGCAGAUUUCCAACCUGGACAAGCAGGCCAAGCUGUCUCGUGCUUAUGAUGGGACCACCUACCUGCCUGGUAUCGUGGGGCUGAAUAACAUCAAGGCUAAUGACUACGCCAACGCCGUGCUGCAGGCUUUGUCUAACGUCCCACCCCUCCGCAACUACUUCCUUGAAGAGGAGAACUACAAGAAUAUCAAACGUCCUCCCGGGGACAUCAUGUUCUUAUUGGUACAGCGUUUUGGAGAACUGAUGAGGAAGCUGUGGAAUCCUCGAAAUUUCAAGGCACACGUUUCUCCCCAUGAGAUGCUUCAGGCUGUCGUUCUGUGCAGCAAGAAAACCUUUCAGAUCACUAAGCAAGGUGAUGGGGUAGACUUUCUUUCCUGGUUCCUGAAUGCCUUACACUCAGCUCUGGGUGGGACAAAGAAGAAAAAGAAGACUAUUGUGACAGAUGUUUUCCAGGGGUCCAUGAGAAUCUUCACUAAGAAACUGCCACACCCAGAUCUGCCAGCAGAAGAGAAAGAGCAGUUACUGCAUAAUGAUGAAUACCAGGAGACAAUGGUUGAGUCGACUUUUAUGUACUUGACCUUGGACCUUCCCACUGCUCCACUUUACAAGGAUGAGAAGGAGCAACUCAUCAUCCCCCAGGUGCCACUCUUCAACAUCUUGGCCAAAUUCAAUGGCAUCACUGAAAAGGAAUACAAGACGUACAAGGAGAACUUUCUGAAGCGUUUCCAGCUCACCAAACUGCCCCCAUAUCUUAUCUUUUGUAUUAAAAGGUUCACCAAGAACAACUUCUUUGUGGAGAAGAACCCGACCAUUGUCAACUUUCCCAUCACAAAUGUGGACCUGAGGGAAUAUCUGUCUGAGGAAGUGCAGGCCGUGCACAAGAACACCACCUACGACCUCAUCGCCAACAUCGUGCACGACGGGAAACCUACCGAGGGCUCCUAUCGGAUCCAUGUUCUUCACCAUGGGACAGGAAAAUGGUAUGAACUCCAGGAUCUACAAGUCACUGACAUCCUUCCCCAGAUGAUCACACUUUCAGAGGCCUACAUCCAGAUCUGGAAGAGACGGGACAGCGACGAGACCAACCAGCAGGGGGCGUGAGGGGCCUCCAGCCGGCUGCCCCUUCGGCCUCCUGGCAAUCCCAUCUUCCCUUCCGGCCUCCUGAGGCUGGUGCCCAGGGCAGAUGUAAUUUAUUUCUUACCACUUACCUGCGGGACCUGAGCAAGAGCAGUAGUCGUGCCCUGCCCACUUCCUGUCCCAAGAGCGGCCUGGGCCCCCCCCCCCCCCCCCUUUUUGAUAGUCUGUGUUCUGAAGCAGAUUAAACGAGUGCUGUUUUUAUGCCUGACCUGCCAGUGACCCUUCCUUCCUUUUCCUCUUGCCCACUGUGGGUUACACACCUGUGGUUCUUCCCCAUUGACUCCCAGUCCUCCCCCUUUGUAUGGAGUCUGGUGGAGUGGGCAGAGUUCUGGCCUCGGGUCCUACAGACCUGCCACUGACCCACUGGCCCUGGCGCCUCACGAAAACACUUGGCCUCCGGGCGCCCGGCACCUCCCCAAGCCAGCUUCCACUGGGGGACGAAAUCAGGUCUGGACCCCAAGGGCCAGCACCUUAAGGCUUACAAAGCACCUUGGAUAAGGCAGGCGGCAAGCUGCCCCCCAUUUUUUAGGUGAGGAGUCGGACUCAGAGACUCAAAUGGUCGCUAGGCCAGUGGUGUCAGGGCCCAGGAGGCUCUGGCUCUUUGCCAUCCCGCUGUGCUGCUCUCAGCCCCAUCCCCAAACUGCCCAGGGGUCUUCCAAAGGAGAGGGACCCGAGAGAGCACGAGGCUCCCAAGGGGGAGCAGACUGGAGCCAUCAGUCACGGGGAGCCUCUGGCCAGCUGAGUUAUCUUAGCCACCAAAGGCGCUUGCCAUCUAAUAAAAAGAGCCAUUUUCUCAA